AUGACGGUAAAGAUGCCAGUCUUCCGCCGUCAUGGAUUCCAAAGGACCACGCCGAAAUUGACGCUAUUGAAGAAAGAACUGCAAAAGUCUCCACAGCAUAGUCAAAAGAAACGGAAACGAGUACGAUUGGUUCUAUUUCUGGCUGUAGUCGUCAUACUACAAGUGGUUCUUUUGAGGUCGGUCAAGAUUGAGAAUCAAAUACACGAUGAAACCGCCGUCAUUGACCCCAAUAAUGGUAUCAAAUUAUCCGAGGAAAGGAAUUCCAAGUCAUCGCUUCCAUUCUCUCAGCACCAAACUACAACAAAUGAUCAAGUCAAUCAAUUCAAGGGUGCUACGGGAAACCGACAACCGUCACUUGCAUCAUCUGUCGUUUCGGAAUCCUCCCUCCUCUAUUCCAAACCUCCCCAACUGAACGACUUUCCACAAUGGAUACAAGACUAUGUCCAAUGGCAUCAAAAAGUCCGACAAGAGUUUCCGGGUAUGGAACUUUUUGACAAUCCAAACGCUCCUCCUUUGCUAAUCAGAACAUGUCUGGGAUUGUGUGGUGGAUUGCACGAUCGGAUUGGACAAUUGCCCUGGGAUUUGUAUUUGGCCCACAAGACCAAGCGUUUGCUACUGAUUUCUUGGCAACGACCACGCAGCUUGGAAAAUUUCUUAUUGCCUAGUCCAUUAUUAGACUGGAGGGUACCAUCGCAAGCACAGUUUGGCUUUGACGACAUUCGUAAAGUCCGGAACGAAACUCAAAUGUUUGAAGGAUUUCCAGAAGCCAAUCCGACGGACGAAUUCUUUCAAAAGGAUUUUGAUAUUGCCUUGGAACGAGCCAUGGUGGGCAGCUAUUCCAAAAUUCGAGUCUUGCGGCAUCGAUUUCUGGGUCACUUGUACCAAGACGUCUUGGAAGAACGGCUAUUGAAAGAAGAACUAAUGCCAGACUCAUCCUCAUUACACAUUGCACCACUCUUUGGCAAAAUCUUUUGGUUAUUCUUUCGACCCAGCCCUCCCGUCCAUGCCAAAUUUGUCCAAGUCUUGGAGGAAUUGCAACUUACGCCUCAAGCUUAUACAGCCGUCCAUUGUCGAGUACGACACCCCAAGGCCUUUUCGUAUGGAGCUACCGUUUUGGGCAAGAAUCCUGCCUAUCCCGCCGACAAAACGGGUCUACCAUGGGAAGGAGAAACGAGGGAAGCUGCCUUGGGAGUGGCAUUGAAAGCCUUGCAGUGUGCCAAGUCCCUUACUACUGCUGGUGACAAUGACACUGGUGGUAACAACAACAACAACAAGAACAAGGUUUAUUUUUUGUCGGAUUCGAACGAUCUGGUGUCGCACAUUUGCCAAGAAUUGCCAUCUGGUGGUAGUAGUAGUAUUAGCUACAAUUGGACGUUACCGGAACUCCAACAUUUAGUAGUGUCCAACAAGAAACAGACAAAUGACGACAAUGAUCAUGGACUGACAGUGCUGUCACGAGAUCCCACGGAGGAAAAUGCGCACAUUGAUCGGCAAAAGGGACGACCACCGGAAGCCUACUACGAUACCUUUGUGGAUUUGCUAGUAGUGAUGCAUGCUCAAUGUGUCGUCUAUGGGGUUGGUUAUUAUGCUGCCUUCGGAGCCAAGAUUAGCGGGACACCGUGUCAAUAUAUUUACCAAAAGGAAGCUUGGGGAGCUCAAUCCAACAAGGAAGCAGAGAUUUGUCCUGAUGGUGGAUAG